GCCGAGCUGUGGACAGAGCGGACGGCUGGCAGAGCACGCGCCGAUGGGGGCCGGUUGUGACCCGGUCUGACCCCGGUUUGACCUUGCAGUGACCUUUGACCUCUCCGGUCCUGGCUCUCCACCUGCUCUGCUGCCUGGGUUCCGGAACGCUCCGCCCUGGGGCCCAGAACGAGCCAAUCAGGAUGAAGAAGAGCCGCAGCGUGCUGUCGGUGACUGGAGAAGAGGGCAAUGACACAGAUAUAACAGGUGCUGGAGAAAAGGCGGAGUCAUCUCGCUACAGCCGUUCUUACACAUCCGGGGCCACGCUGGGGGCCGAGCUACGCAGAGGGAGGAGCAGAAGACUCUCACCAAGUCUCCAGGUGCCCUGCUGGCUCCGCCCUCGGGACCGCACACGGUCACCGGAGGUCCUGAGCAACGUGUCCCGUCCCACGACUCUGCCGCUUCGUAUCCCACCGCGGAUCUCCAUCACGCAGGCCGACGCCGACAGUUACGAAGCUGAAAAUGGCGUGUCACCAGGUCACACCCCGCUGGGCUCCCAGAGCCCCAGCCUCACCCUGAACACCUCCUUCCCCCAGGGCCAGAGACGGGAAUCCUUCCUCUACCGCUCCGACUCGGACUACGACAUGUCGCCCAAGACUGUCUCCCGCAACUCGUCCCUCGCCAGCGAAGGGCACACAGCAGAAGAUUUUAUUGUCACACCUUUUGCUCAAGUGCUGGCCAGUCUGCGGUCGGUGCGGAGCAACUUCACCAUCCUCGCCAACGUCUCCACGCCGACAGUCAAGAGGUCUCCUCUGGGCGGAGUGUGUGUCAGUCCCAGGGCAACACUUUCAGACCAGCAGUACCAGCAGCUUGCCCUGGACACACUGGAGGAGCUGGACUGGUGCCUGGACCAGCUGGAGACCAUCCAGACUCACCGCUCUGUCAGUGAAAUGGCCUCCAACAAGUUCAAGAGGAUGCUGAACAGAGAGCUGUCCCACCUGUCAGAGAUGAGUCGCUCUGGGAACCAGGUGUCCGAAUACAUCUCCAGCACCUUCCUGGACAAGCAGAACGAGGUGGAAAUCCCGUCUCCGACUCUGAAAGACAAGCCGAUGAGUCACAUCAGCGGAGUGCGGAAACUGUCUCACAGCUCCAGCCUCUCCAGCACUUCCAUGCCUCGCUUCGGCGUCAACACGGACCACGAAGACGAGCUCGCCAAGGAGCUGGAGGAUCUGGACAAGUGGAGUUUUAACAUUUUCAGAGUAGCAGAAUUCUCCAACAACAGACCUCUCAGCUGUGUCAUGUACGCCAUCUUCCAGGAGCGAGAGCUGUUGAAGACGUUCCGCAUCCCCGUCGACACCUUCGUCACCUACGUGAUGACCCUGGAGGACCAUUACCACGGCAACGUAGCGUACCACAACAGCCUCCAUGCUGCAGAUGUCACCCAGUCCACACACGUCCUCCUGUCCACGCCUGCUCUCGACGCCGUCUUCACGGACCUGGAGAUCCUCGCCGCUCUGUUCGCUGCAGCUAUCCACGACGUCGACCACCCCGGGGUCUCCAACCAGUUUCUCAUCAACACCAACUCGGAGUUGGCCCUCAUGUACAACGACGAGUCGGUGCUGGAGAACCACCACCUCGCCGUGGGCUUCAAGCUCCUGCACCAGGAAAACUGUGACAUUUUCCAGAACCUCACCAAGCGGCAGCGGCAGAGCCUUCGCAAGCUGGUCAUCGACAUGGUGUUGGCCACAGACAUGUCCAAACACAUGACCCUGCUGGCCGACCUGAAGACCAUGGUGGAGACCAAGAAGGUGACGAGUUCCGGCGUGCUGCUCCUGGACCACUACACCGAGCGGAUACAGGUUCUGAGGAACAUGGUGCACUGCGCUGACCUGAGCAACCCCACCAAGCCGCUGCCGCUGUACCGACAGUGGACGGAGAGGAUCAUGGAGGAGUUCUUCCGGCAGGGCGACAAGGAGCGCGAGCGGGGGAUGGAGAUCAGCGCCAUGUGCGACAAACACACGGCGUCGGUGGAGAAGAGUCAGGUGGGUUUCAUCGACUACAUCGUCCACCCGCUGUGGGAGACGUGGGCCGACCUGGUGCACCCGGACGCCCAGGAGCUGCUGGACACGCUGGAGGAGAACCGGGAGUGGUACCUGAACACCAUGCCGCAGUCGCCGUCGCCCCCGCCGGACCGACACCUGCAGCACGACCGCUUCCAGUUCGAGCUCACCCUGGAGGACCUGGAGCACAACAACCACAACCACAUCCACCACCUGAGGAGCGGCGGCCGGAGGAGCGAGCGCAGCGGACACAGGGACGUCGGCGACGAGGGCGACGAGGGCGGCGGCGGCAGCCCGCCGGAGCCCAACGGGGAGGGACAGAACCACCUGGAGGCCGGGAGGGACGACGAGGAGAAUCACAACAGCGAACACAACGGAGUCCAGGAGGAAGGAGAGGAGGAGGAGGCGCAGGAUGAAGAGCAAGUACAAGAAGAGGAAGAGGCGGAGCAAACUGAGGAGGUGAACGAUGCUGAAGAGCAGGACGAGGGAGAGGAGGGAGUGGAGCAAGAGGAAGGUGAUGUGGAAGACAAAGAAGAAGAAAUAGAUGGGAAUAAAGAAGGCGAGGAAGAGGAGGAGAAGAAUGAGGAGGUGGAUGGGGAGGGAGAGGCAGAGGAGAAGGUGGAAGAAGAGGAGGAGGAGGAGGAGCAGGGAGAGGCAGAGGAGAAGGAGGAAGAGGAGGAGCAGGGAGAGGAGGAAGAGAAGGAGGAAGAGGAGUCACAAACAGCUGGAGAAGAGGAGGAGGCGCCAGAGGAAGAGGAGAGCUAG